CGGCGCGCGGCCGUCUGAGGUACCAAUCCUUUCCGGCCCAGGACGCCGCGGGCGGCCGGCGAGGCCCGGACGCGCACCUCCGCGGGCACCUGUACUACGGGGUCUCGGUAGCACAUGGUGGGUGCGAGGAGUGAGCGGGACCACGUGUGCAGAGCGCAUGCGCCCGGCGCCAGAUGUGGUCAGCUUUGGAAAAGAUGCCAGCUCCAGCCACCACAUAUGAAAGAAUAGUUUACAAAAAUCCCUCUGAGCACCAUUAUAUGAAAGUCUGCCUAGAAUUUCAAGAUCGUGGGGUUGGACUGAAUGCUGCACAGUUCAGACAGCUGCUUAUUUCAGCCUUGAAGGACCUCUUUGGGGAGGUUGAUGCAGCAUUACCCUUGGACAUCCUAACUUACGAAGAGAAGACCCUGUCAGCCAUCUUGAGGAUAUGUAGCAGUGGUCUUGUCAAAUUGUGGAGCUCUUUGACUCUGUUAGGAUCCUAUAAAGGCAAGAAAUGUGCCUUCAGAGUGAUUCAGGUUUCUCCAUUUCUCCUUGCCUUAUCUGGGAAUAGCAGGGAACUAGUAUUGGAUUGAACAGUCUUUCAAUUGCAGAAAC